CAAUCCAUUUGUGAUUAAUCCGCCGUCCCUCUAUUUCUCUUGAAAUUUCCACAAAUUCACUGACCACACAUCUCUCCAAUCGAAUGACCCAAAUCCAAACCCUAGGAUCUCGCCGGAGCUGAAGACUGCAUGAGUAGUCACCGAGAAGAAAUAGAGUGCUUCAAAGCAGUGAAGCAGUUCAAUAAACAAUGGUGGUUGUUGUUUCUCACGCUCAGCCUUGGUCCGCCUUCCUUACUCUCCGUCAAGCUCCUCUUACCUCCUCGUCUUCUUUUAGAAUACGACCGUUAACUCCUCGCUUUCGACCGUUAACUCCUCGCUUUACCACUCAAAGGCUUGGAAGUCUUAACACUAGAUGCUCCAUAAAUACCGACGUCUUAACUGACAUUGCAACUGAUCAAGAGGUUCGGGAUGAUGUUGCAACUGAUGAUUGUGGCAGUACAAUACCUGUUCUUCAUCUCAAAUCUGAUAUUCUGGAAACUGAAGCACUAAAUCUGCUAGCCAAGGGCACAUUUGUGGAUACUAUCUUGACAACAUUGCCAGUCUUAUCAGAGGAGGAGCAGAAUAUUAUUGCUGCAACUCCUGCUCAUCCAGCAGGGUUAUACGCUUUAUAUGCUAGUUGCCUGGCUGGGUAUAUGGUGGAACAACUUUGGAAUUUUGCCUCACCUGCUGCCAUUGCGUUGAUUCAUCCUAGUCUUCUUCCUGUAGCACUAAUGGGUUUCCUUGCUAAGCUCGCUGUAAUUGGUGGAGGUCCUCUGGUUGGCAAACUUAUGGAUCACUUUCCUCGGGUUCCUGCAUAUAAUUGUCUAUCUAUAGUCCAGACAGCUGCCCAGUUGAUGUCUGUUGGAAUGAUUAUACAUGGUCAUACUCUUCAUCCAACGUCUGCAUCAUCUUUACUUUUCCGUCCUUGGUUUAUUGUGCUUGUUCUAGUGGGAGCCGUUGAGAGGCUAUCUGGGUUGGCAUUGGGGGUUGCAGUGGAGCGUGAUUGGGUUGUUUUGUUAGCUGGAACCAAUCGCCCAGUUGCACUUGCUCAAGCAAAUGCUGUUCUAAGCCGUAUUAACCUUUUAUGCGAGAUUGUUGGAGCAGCAUUAUUUGGCAUUCUUCUCUCUAAAUAUGAACUGGUGGUAUGCUUAAAAAUUGCUGCUGGUUUGAUGAUGGGGGCACUUCCUAUUGUGGUAUCUCUGACAUGGCUAACCAACAAGCUUUCCUCUGGUGUUCUUGACCGUGCUGUGGAAACUUGUUUAAGUUGUUCCUUCCCGUCUUCACUAAAAUCAGAAAAUAUAGUGGGAGUGGGUCUGGAAGCUAUAAAGCAUGGAUGGUUUGAAUAUAUUAGACAACCCGUUCUUCCAGCAAGCAUAGCUUAUGUGCUAUUAUAUUUCAAUGUCGUUCUUGCACCUGGUGGUUUAAUGACAGCAUUUUUAACACAGCAAGGUUUAAAUCCAUCUAUUAUUGGGGGCUUCAGCGGAUUAUGUGCUUUUGUAGGCGUUGCAGCCACAUUUGUGUCUGCAAAGAUGGUCAAGCACCUUGGCAUCUUAAAGGCUGGAGCCGCUGGCCUAGUACUCCAUGCUUCGCUUCUGACCACGGCUGUUGCUGUUUAUUGGAGUGGAUGUCUUUCUCAGCAGACUCCCAUUUUCUUUUUCUUGGCUUUAGUUGUGUUGUCAAGACUGGGACACAUGUCCUAUGAUGUCAUCGGGCAACAGAUUCUACAAACUGGAAUUCCUGCAUCUAAAGCCAAUCUUAUCGGAACAACCGAGGUUUCUGUUGCGAGUUUAGCAGAAUCAAUAAUGUUAGGAGUUGCAAUAGUUGUAAAUGAUGUCUCACAUUUUGGAUUUCUAGCGACGCUUUCCCUUGUAUCCGUAGUUGGGGCAGCAUGUCUAUACUGUAGAUGGUUGGAAAAUCCGACAGAUACACAAAGAACUCUUUUCUCUUUUAGCCCUCAUUUAUGAAAUGCCAAAAGUACAUA